UUCUUCUUCGUCGCCACUAAACCCUAACGCUCCGGAAUUUUCACCGGCCGUGUUGAAAAUGGUGCCGUUCCCGUACAAUCGUCAGUGCUAUUUCCACUGUCCCGUUUUGUACUACCACAACCCUUUUUCAUUCCCCUCCUCGUCGGAAUUCAUAAGCGAACCGCCGGAGCCCGCCGCCGGAGAAACUCUGAAAAGCUUCCAUCGACCGCCGUUUGGAUUUCGCUUUCUCCCUCCGAGACUGAAGAGAUCAGGGUUUUGUCGUGACAACGAGAUUACGAUUCGUCUCGACGGAAAAACUUCCCUCAUGAUAAAAAACAUCCCCAACAUUUUCGGACGAAAAGAUCUGCUUAAGAUCAUAGACGAUCAUUGCCGGGAGAAGAACAUAGGUCGUCGUGUUUCCGACAAGAUCCGUUCAUCAUACGACUUCCUCUAUCUUCCUAUGGAUUUUAUGAAGAGAGCGAACUUAGGAUACGCGUUCGUCAACUUCACGAGCUCAAUCGCUGCGGUGAGAUUCUGUCGGGAUUUCAACAAAUUCCAUUGGCCAGUUCCCGGAAACAAGAAAGUCUGCGAGAUCACUCUCGCUAAGUUUCAGGGAAAAGAUGAGCUGACGCGCCAUUUCAGCAGCUCGAGAUUCGCGUGCCAUACAAACGCAUAUCUUCCGGUGGUUCUCUUACCGCCUAGCGACGGCUUCGCCCGCUACCGACUCGAUCUCCUCGGCGUUCGUGUCGGCGGCGCGUGGACUCCACCGCCUACCCUCCGUCGCCACCGCAGAUGAUCAGAUUUCUCUCUAGUUGAAAGUUUAUAUGUUUGUAGGGUUUUAGGACAAAGA